GAGUGCAGCUGAGGCCUCACUCGACGUGAAGAACACCGAGAGCUUGGUGCGUUUUUGUUUUUUGUCUGUGCAGUGCAUCGUAAUAUCAAACAAAGUCACGUAUUUGUAUACACUGGCCUUGUUUUUGCAGCGUGUGUAAUACGUCUCGUGUUUACUUCGACUUGUAUACGAUGUAAUCCGUUGAGUGUGUGCAAAACUUGUUUUUCAGCUAUAGGUCAAAUUGUAUCUUCACGAGGAUUCGAUCGCGAUUGUAUUAAAAUUUUUUUGUGGGCCAAUAUAUGCGAGUGACUCAUCGCAAGGGUUGACAGUUCGAUACACAUAGUACAUACAUAGCUGCAGGAGCGGCAAACUCAUCGCACGGGAGGGCAACGACUUACGCGCACCCACACACACAUACAUACAUACACAAUGGACGUGAAAGGACGCGUCGUACUCGUCACGGCCGGUGCUGGCGGUAUCGGCAGGUGCUACGCCGAGGAGCUCGUGAAUCAAGGCGCCAAGGUGUCGAUAUGCGACAUAAACACGGAGGAGGGCGAGAAGGUGUUUCGCAGCCUCGCGUCGCGCCACGGCAAGGACCGCGUGCUCUUCUGCCCCUGCGACGUUACCGAUUAUCCACAGUUCGAGGACGCUUUCAAGACGACAAUAGCUCACUUCGGCCACAUCGACAUCGUCAUCAAUAACGCCGGGAUCAUGAACGACAGACUGUGGGAGCUCGAGGUCGACAUCAAUCUGAACGGAGUCAUACGCGGCACUCUGCUGGCGCAGCGCUACAUGGGCAUCGACAAGGGCGGCCGGGGCGGCGUCGUCGUCAACACCGGCAGCAACGUCGGCUUCAAUCCGUACGUCAGCGUGCCCAUCUACUCGGCCACCAAGGCCGCCAUCGUGAGCUUCACCAGAGCUUUUGGGGAUCAGUAUCACGUGGGUCUGACGGGCGUGAGAAUGAUCACGAUCUGUCCGGGCGCGACCAAGAGCAAUCUCGUGCGUGCCGACGUCGGCAAGCAGCUGCUGUCGCCACGUUACGAGGACGCCUGGCGGAGGGAUACGGCCAAUGCGAAUUCGCAGACAGGUGAACACGUUGCCAAAGCACUGAUCAACAUCCUGGCUAAUGCCAAAAGCGGAAGCGUCUGGCUCGUGGAAAACGGACAACCAGCCAAAGAGAUAACUUUCAGCAAAUCAUAAGCCAAAAAUUUUCCAAAACGCACCAAUAAUUUAUAUUUAACGAAAUAAAUGUCGUCCAAUUAAAACGAACGAAAAAUAAAUAAAAUAAUAGCAUGAUAAAAGUAAAAGCGAAUCGGCUUCGGAGUCGCGUAGAAUUUCCAAAUUUGCAAAAAACAGCUGUGCCGUACCGUAAAAAGCACGACGAAUCGAUGAAAUCUUAUAAAACUAAAACUUCUAGCUAUUAUUAUGUACUGUAGUCUGUAAGAAUGUGUCCGAGAUAAAAACAAUGGCUGGCUUGUCGAAUUUUUUAUAUAAAUUACAUUACGAUGUAUUCGCGUUUUUCGAAUUCUCAACUUGACUCUGUCAGCGAUGAAUUGAUAAUUUUUACAAAUUGACACCAAUUGGAAUUUACGAAAAUUAGGGUAAGAAAUGAUCUUCUGCCAUUUUGGAUCUCUUACUAUAUCAGUAGAUCAUAAAGUCGGAAAUUUUCAUAUACAUUUUUAACAUAUUGUUAUAACAUUUAAAGAAAAUCUUUUCAUUGAUUAUCCAAUAUCUGUGAAAAAAUCACCGCGACCAAAUAAUAAUCGUUAUUGUUUCGAUCGCACAAUCAUAACGAAAAAGCGAUGUUGCGUUAUUACUGUAUAAAUUGAUUUACGAAAUAAGUACUAUGUUCGAAUGAUUUUUGUAUCGAUGAAAACUGCCGAACGCUAUACCAUACGAAUUGUAGACAUGUGUCGAGCAUGCGAUAUUUUUUUAUAUACUUUUAUGCAGUUACGCGCGUUUAUGAAUUGUAUAAUUCGAAAACACAGCUUUGAAUGAAAGAAAAACAACGUUCUUAAGUAUAGAUUCGAAUAAUCGCUUUUAAGCAUCAUCGCUAAAAAAUAUAUAAUACAAUGUAUUGAAUGUUACGGUAGCUUACGAAUUUUAAUUAAUUAGAGGGAAAAUUUGUAUUGCGUGCGCAAUCUUGAAUUAGUAGAAAAAAAAAUUGUCGACGUUCGAACCCGAUCAGGGGUGUGUUCGCUUCGGAAUUGUUGUUUUUUAUAUUUAUCGAUUUAAGGAUUGUUAAUUUUUGUCGAAUUACUCUAUCGAAUGGAAUAAGUAUGCGUUGAUCAUUUUUAAAACUAUACGUUGUGCUGCGCUCGCGUAUUUAUUAUUGUGAAUGUAAAACUUGAAUACUCUGCUAAGCCUUUGAAUAAAGAUACAUUUUUGCUUUUUGUCU